GGACUCGUGUCAUGUGACCUCACGGCUGUUCGUUAAAUAGGACCGACUCUAAUUUGCAAUCUGUGUACAGCACCUCGGCCAGCGCUCCUUUUCAGCAGUGAUAUGAGCGUAGGAGCUCCUGCGGUCAGGUCAUCCAGAUAAAGGCUGAAGCAGGAAAGCAGAGGGACGGAGGCCGAGAUAUAUCAUUAAGUUAGAAGCUGUCGAUGCUGAGCCGUUUAUCUUUGCUGCAUCGGGAUCUGUGAGGCUGGGAGAAACGACACCUGUGCACCCGCGAGCGCCACCCGACCCACCAUGAUGGCAUCCAGCGACGUGGAUAGCAGAGCAGAGGGUUCUCUCUUCUCUGAUCAAAACCCAUCAGAACUGGACUCUCUGUUUCCGUCUGAUCCUGAGCCAUCCAGACCGCAGCGGAACUAUGAGCGGAUCGGGGAAAGAACAGGAACCUCUUUCUGUCAGACUCUGAUCCACCUUCUGAAGGGGAACAUCGGUACUGGUCUGCUGGGGCUGCCUCUGGCUGUGAAAAACGCCGGACUGGUGCUUGGACCAGUCAGUCUCCUGGUUAUGGGAAUCAUUGCAGUCCACUGCAUGAAGCUUCUGGUGAAAUGUUCCCACCACCUCAGCGCAAAGUUGAACCGGCCGUCUAUGACCUACGGAGAGGUGAUGCAGUACGGGAUGGAAAACGUGUCAUGGCUGAGGAACCGUUCACGAUGGGGAAGUCGGACGGUGAACUUGUUCCUCAUCAUCACUCAGAUCGGCUUCUGUUGCGUCUACUUCGUUUUCCUUAGUGACAACGUCAAGCAGGUUGUGGAAGCAGCCAAUGCCACCACCUUCAGCUGUCAGGUGAACCACACCAACCAGACGAAUGUCCUGGUUCCCAGUUUCGACUCCCGGAUCUACAUGCUCUUCUUCCUGCCCUUCUUUAUCCUCCUGGUCUUCACCCCCAACCUGAAGUUCUUGGCUCCCUUAUCUCUCCUUGCAAACCUGGUCAUGACCCUGAGUCUGGUUCUGAUUUACGUCUACUCCCUCAUGAACAUCACGUUUCCUAUUGAUCUACCAAAAGUCGGCAGAGCCAAGGACUACCCUCUGUUUUUUGGGACGGCCAUCUUUGCCUUUGAAGGGAUUGGCGUGGUCCUCCCUCUGGAAAAUAAAAUGCAGCGGUCGCAGAAAUUCACCCAGGUUUUGUAUCUGGGUAUGGGCAUCGUCACGUUCCUCUACAUCAGCCUCGGCACCAUAGGGUACAUGUGUUUUGGAGAGCACAUCGGCGGCAGCAUCACUUUAAACCUUCCAAACUGCUGGACGUACCAGGCAGUAAAACUCCUUUAUUGUUUCGGCAUAUUCAUCACUUUCGCCCUGCAGUUCUACGUCCCUGCAGAAAUCCUCAUCCCGCAGGUUUUGGCCCGCGUGCCGGAGAGAUGGGAGAAGCCGGUCGAUCUUCUGCUUCGCACCCUUCUGGUCAUCAUCACAUGUGUUCUCGCCAUCCUGAUACCAGAGUUGGACCUCGUCAUCUCAUUGGUCGGUUCGGUCAGCAGCAGUUUCCUGGCUCUCAUCUUUCCACCCAUCCUGCAGAUCCUUACCUUUCACACGGAGGGUCUGUCGCCAGUGACGACCGUCAUCAACCUGAUCAUUAGCGUGGUGGGGCUGCUCGGUUUCCUCUUAGGAACUUAUGUUGCCGUCGUAGAAAUCAUAGCACGAAAUAAUGUCAAACACGAAGAUAGAUUCUACGCCUACAUGGUGCAGUAGAACAGACUGUUGGGUCUUUCAGGCCAGUUUAAACCGUUCUAAGGAGCAGAUUUAUUUUAUGUUUUUAUUUGCUGCUGUUGUAUAUAUAUUUUAAUGCAAUUGUGUCACAAAUGUACGAGUGUCACGUUACAUUAAUUCCAGCCAUUAGUUCAGUCCAAAAGUCAUUAUAACUAUCGUAAAUUAGAAGAUCACUUCAUCAGAUUAUGAAGAGUAUUAGAGGUAAUUUAUCAUAUUCACAGCCUAAAAAUAUUCAUGUAAAUUCUCCAGUCAACACAUCAAACUACCUCAAUAGUUAUUUUUGGUUUUGACUCCCACAUUCAGAGCUGAUUCUUAUUUGUUUUUCACCUCAACCCAAACAUCUUCAAGUUUGCAGCUUUGAGUGGGUUCUAAUCACCAUCUGACAUCUUGACAGGAAGAAAACCUUGAUAAAAGACAAAUGCACUUUGAUUUAUGCCUUAUUAAAUAAAACUGCACUACUUUGGCAGUUUUCGGUGACACAUUGAACAGUUUAACUUAAAAAAAUAAUGUUUUGAGAACAGAUUAUGGGUUAUAAACCAAACCUCGCAUUAUUUGUGCAAUAAUUGUGCUUUUAUCUUCACUUAUCAAAUCCAUCGAUGUAUCUCUGGUCAGAUGUUUUAAAGAUAAAUAUAUUAUGCCAAAUUGUGAUUAGGGGGAUAUUUGGAGGAUAUUUUGCAAAUGUACAUAGAAUUAAGUGACUUAAUGCUUGCUAAGAUAAAAAGAUGUAAUAUUUCAUCCAAUGCAAUAUUACUAUGUCGAAAUAUUGGUGAAAGUAAAGAGAAUUUCUUAGCGUCGCUAUAGUUUAAAUUUUAUUUAGGUAAAGUUUGAACACGUGUUUUGGUUCCUUCUACAGUUGUAAUUUUUUUUCUAUUUGGGGAUUUUUACCAUUGAAUGUUAAGCAAAACCAUCACAUCUUAAGCUUAUUCUAGUUUUAAUCUCUGCACUAUUCAGAAGGUUUUUGGUUCAAGCCACUUUCACUUUCACUGUACUAUGAUUUUCAGAUGUGCAGUUUAUGCAUCUCAAAGAGGUUUGUAGUUAUCAUUUUUUCACCCAGGGUGGCUCCUGUUAUUUAUCUGGGUUCACACUGUGUGAUUAUUAGGCAUUUUCAGCCAAAAUCUAAAAAUAAGAAAAACUCUAGAAAUGUUUUUAUUUUAAUCCAAAUCUCAUUUAAAAUCAACCAAUGUUCAAACUUUUCCUGACCAGAGAUGACAAACAUUUACAAUCUACAGGUUCAGGUUGUAAAAGUUUUUUUUCUAAAAUCUUGACAAACAAGGAUUUGAUCAGAAGACAGAUGAAAAAGCUCAAUUAUCUAAAACUGUAGAAUAAAUCUAGAUAUUAAGCCAAACUGUUUCAGACUUGGGAGAGAUGAUACUAAAUUAUGUAGGAGCUCUUCUGUGUCUUGAAAAGUUUUUUGUUCUUUAUUUUUUUAUUAUUUUGUUUUAAUGUUUUUACUAAGUCUUAUUUUUAAAAAUUUUUUUUAUUACUUGUACCUAACUUUUACAGGUUGGUUUAACUUCAGACAGACUGUAUAUGAAAUAAUAAAAGAUAAUUUUUCUGCAAUAUCUAGCAGAUAAAAUGCAACAUGUACUGUAAGUUCACUGAACAGCUUCUGUACUGUUGUGCACGUCUUCAGUGUUUAUGUGACGGUAUCAACCAUAGAAAUGUUUCAGCUUUUAAUAGAAAAUGUUUGGAAAUCAAUAAAAAAAUCAUAUCCACAAGCCUUAUGUGUGUAAAGAACUAUAA